CCGCUCCUCUACAUAAUGGUCCGUGUUUUCUAAGCGGACAGUGAGUUUCACCUGAACCAAAGAAUGAACUCAUGACGGACACAGUUAACGCAAACCUGCGCUGCUUUAGUAUUCUAGAAAAAAUCCAGAGUCUUGUUUGGUUUGUGCGCGCGCUGCGGUCAGGAUGCGUUUGUUGCUGUUUGCCGCGGUGCUGUUAACGCGGUGCGCGCGCUCAGCGGUCAGCGGACACGGGGACGUUUACACCAACCACUGGGCUGUCCGGGUCACAGGUGGACCACAACAGGCCGACAGGGUGGCAGCGAAGUACGGAUACGUCAACCUGGGUCAGAUUGGAAGUCUGGACCACCAUUACCAUUUCCACCACAGCAGAGUGGUCCGAAGAGCUGCCUAUUCCCAGAAGGGUCCCCACCGCUUCAUCCACAUGGACCCGGAGGUGGAAUGGGCCCAGCAGCAGAUCAUCAAACCCAGAGUGAAGAGAUUCACCCAAAAUGAACCAAACUCAGUUCACUUCAAUGACCCUAAAUGGUCCAACAUGUGGUACAUCCACUGUAACGACAGGACCAGUCCCUGUCGCUCAGACAUGAACGUCAUGGCAGCGUGGCAGAGGGGCUACACUGGCAAGAAUGUGGUGGUCACCAUCAUGGACGAUGGGAUCGAAAGGAACCACCCGGACCUGGUCCAGAACUAUGACCAUCUUGCCAGUUAUGACAUCAAUGGGAACGACCACGACCCAACACCACGUUAUGACUUCCGCAAUGAAAACAUACAUGGAACUCGCUGUGCAGGUGAAGUGGCUGCUGCAGCUAAUAACUCCCACUGCAUUGUGGGAAUUGCCUUCAAUGCUCGUAUAGGAGGUAUCCGGAUGCUGGAUGGGGAUGUGACUGACAUGGUAGAAGCUAAGUCCCUGGGCAUCCGGCCUGAUUAUAUCGACAUCUACAGUGCCAGCUGGGGGCCCAAAGACGACGGCAAAACUGUGGACGGACCAGGGCCCCUGACAAAGCAGGCCUUUGAGCAAGGCAUCAAGAGGGGUCGCAAAGGCCUGGGCUCCAUUUUUGUGUGGGCAUCGGGUAACGGUGGUCGUCAGGGUGAUCACUGCUCAUGUGAUGGUUACACCAGCAGCAUCUACACCAUCUCCAUCUCCAGCACCACGGAGCACGGAAACAGACCCUGGUACCUGGAGGCCUGCAGUUCCAUCAUCGCAACCACCUACAGCAGUGGAGAGUUUAAUGAGAGGAGGAUAGUGACCACCGACCUCCGCCAUCGCUGCACCGACAGCCACACUGGAACAUCUGUGUCUGCUCCCAUCGUGGCUGGAAUCGUAGCUCUCACUCUGGAGGCAAAUCGUCUUCUCACGUGGAGAGAUGUUCAACAUCUACUGGUGAAGACCUCUAGACCUGUCCAUCUGAAAGCUGACGACUGGAAGACCAAUGCUGCAGGACACAGAGUCAGCCAUCUGUAUGGUUUUGGUCUGGUGGAUGCAGAGGCCAUGGUGGUGGAGGCCUCCAAGUGGACGACUGUCCCUCCUCAGCAUAUCUGCACCCAGAUACCUGAGAGACAAACCAGACACUUCCACGCUGGUCAAAGUCUGAACAGCAGCAUUAACACUACUGGAUGUUCAGAGAAUCCUGGACAGCAUGUGUCCUACCUGGAACAUGUGGUGGUGAGGGUCAUCAUGGUCCACCAGAGACGAGGAGACCUGGAGAUCAACCUCAUCUCUCCAUCUGGGACCAAGUCACAGCUACUGGCCAAGAGGCAGUUUGACAGUUCCAAUGAAGGCUUCAGGAACUGGGAGUUCAUGUCGGUUCAUUUCUGGGGAGAGUCGGCAGAGGGAACGUGGACUCUGGAGGUUACUGACACACCAUCAAAGCUACGCAACCCAGAGGUGCUGGGAAACCUCAAAGAGUGGACGCUUAUUCUUCAUGGGACUUCUGAGCACCCAUACCAGCCCCACAGAGACCAGGACUCCCACAACGGGACCCUGGAGACCCCAAGUCCAGAGGAGAUCCUGGAGGAACCAGAUGUGCAGGAGGAGAAGGAGGAGGAUGAGUACCAAGGACUGUGUCACAGUGAGUGUGGAGACCAGGGCUGUGAUGGACCCGAUGCCGACCACUGCCUCAACUGCAUCCACUUCAGCCUGGGAAACCUGAGAAGCAGCAGGACCUGUGUGAGCCACUGUCCUCUGGGACAUUAUGGGGAUGUGGCGUCCCAUCGCUGUAGACGCUGUUUUAAAGGCUGUGAACGAUGCGUCGGUCGACGGGCAGAUGAAUGUGUUUCCUGUCGUAGAGGCCUUUACCUCAACACAGUCAACUCCAGCUGUGACCACACCUGUCCUCUGGGUUACUUCACUGAAGAAAGUCAGAGACAGUGUGAAAAGUGUAAUGACAAGUGUCAGAGCUGUGUGAGGGAUGCAGACAGAUGCACCAGCUGCAAUGAAGGAUACAGUCUGGCCGGGAUGACGUGUGUCCCUGAAUGCACCAAUGGGACCUUCUUCCACCUGGAGGAGAUGACAUGCACUUCAUGUCAUUCAUCCUGUAGGACGUGUACAGGUCCAGGUCAGGAGGACUGCCUCCAGUGUGCUGAUGGUUUCCUGCAGCAGGACUGGGGGUGUGUCCACAGCUGUAGUCCAGGUUAUUACUCUGGAGAAGCAGCAGGAGGCGCUCAUCACAUGUGUCACAGGUGUGAAGACAACUGUGUGAGCUGCAGUGGACCUGGGUCCACAUGUGUCCAGUGUAAGGACGGGUACAGUCUGGUCAGUAGGACGUGUAUGGUCAACGCAUCAUGUAACAACGCUGAUGAGGUGUUCUGUGAGAUGGUCAAAUCCAACCGUCUGUGUGAGAAGAAGCUUUACCGUCAGUUCUGCUGUCGUACCUGUCUGAUGAAUGGCUGAUGGCUCCACCCCUGCCCCCCAUCCCCUGCCCCCACCACCACACCCAAUGGCUUUUGAAUGGAAGCGCUGCCAUGUUUCUACUCUGACAGUGAUUGGUCAUAUGUCCGUCAACUAAACCAGGGAGCUCCUGUUUAGAUCCCACAGAACUUUUACAUAUCAUUAUUAUCCUCAUAGUAUAAUUCAUAAACUCUGUGUCCAUCAGUCUGUGGACAUAUUUAACUGGUCUACUCUGUGUCUAGACUGUUGGACACAGAGUAGACCAGUUAAAUAUGAAUAUGAGGACAAGGAUAUGGAACUUGGAGCUGUGGAGCAGACGGUGUUUUACUUUCACUUUCCAGGAGGAGUUGUCUUUGUCUGUGGUUCAAGAGUUUCAUAAUUUUGGUUGAUUUUCAUUCAUGCUUUUCACAACUUCAGAGCAAUUAACCCUUUAAGCCCUGAUUCCAGGUAAAGGUUCACAUAUUAACUUUACUGCAGGUGUGAUUUGAAUGCAUCUUUGUAAAAUGAAUAUUUUGUAAACUUGGUGCAGAAUGUGUGCAAAUAAUUCACUGUCCUGCAUAUGUGUUGUACCAAACACUGAUUAAACUGCAAUGUUAUGAAUGUGCUGUUGUUGUAUAAUUACAAUAAAAAACUGUCUUUGUGUGAC